AUGAAUGAAUCAUCUACUAUUUCUACUUAUCUUAGAACAGAGACUGAUGAAGUCAAAGAAUUUAGUAGUAACAUUAUGACUCAAAGAAAAAAAAUUCCAUAAUUGAAAAACUUGAUUUCACCUAGAAAAUCAAAGCAGAUUAAAUUCAAUCCAAUUAUUGAUUCAGUCAGAAGCAGUUAAAGUUAAAGAUCUUCUAAAGGGAAUGUAGCUCUUUAAACACAUAAUAACAAUAUGUUAUUCAAAGAUUCUUUUGAUUUGUUUUUAGAUGGUAAAAUAACGAGUAUUGAAUUACUACAAUUAUCCAACUAUCCUAGAUUAAGAUAAUAAUUAAUGGAAGAUCAUGCUGAUUCAAAAGGAAUAAGUAUUUUGGGACCUUUGGUAAGAUUUAAAAAUAAAUUCAAACACAAAUAAGUUAGAAACACUUAAGAUGAUAGAAGUGUCUAUUUAAAAUCCAAACUCUAAGGAUUAAACAAUUUAAUACAUACUAGAAUGAUGUAAAAGAAAGAUGAUAAUGAAACUCAAAGAAGAUAAAAUCUAUAAAAUGUUGGAUUGUUUAAAACUAUUGUGGAUGCUUCUGAAGGAAUUGAAGAUAAAUUAGCUUAAAUUAAAGAUCCUUUUACUAAAAAGAUUCCCUCUAUUAAAUCAUUAAAGACUAUGACAGUCAGCUAUGAUGAUUUGAAACCAAGUAUUAUUAAUAUCUAUUCAAAGUUAUCAAAAAUGCAAAAGAAAUUCCUGCGAUUUCAAAAAUAUUUUUAAAAAACAAUUUAACUGAAUCAACCAAAAAAUAUAUGGAUGAAGCUUCAAGAUAACAUUAUCUUAAGUAAUAAGAAUUAAAUAAACUUACUAAAAUGUAAAUUACCAAAUAAUCCAAUUCUAAAUUUUAAUUAUACAAUAAAGAUGUAUUGACAUCUAAAGAUCUAGAAUUAUAUGAUUAUCUUCAUAAUAAACCAAAACCAAUUAUUCUUAGAAAUCAUUUCACUGAAAUGGAUGAAGAAGCUAUUCCUUCACAUGAAAUUAUAGCUAUUAAAAUUGGAAAUCAAAGACUCAAAAAGAGAUAUCAUAAAACUGAAUAAAAAAUUCAUGAAGACUUAGAUAAUGAAUCUCAUACUUCUUCAUUAUAAUCUACUUAUGAAAUUCAUCUAGAUAAUUUAUAUUCUUAAACUGUUGAUUUAAAAAAACAAUUAACAAAAAAGACUACUCUACCAAAGAAAGUAAAAUAAAUGAUUAAACUUGAUGAACUUAACCAAUAAUCUCUUCAGGCAAAUACAUUUAAGUUAACACAUUGA